UUCUCUAUACUCUGUUUUUGAUCUCUUCCUAUUACAACUAAUCUGCAUGCCAUGGGUGUGACAAGUAUUACACAGGAGUUCCUGUGCCCAAUUGCCCCGGCACGCAUGUUCAAGGCUCUGAUCAUAGACUCUAAAAAUUUGAUACCAAGGCUGUUGCCCCAGUUCAUAGCAAGCGUUGAUGUAACUCAAGGAGAUGGGGGAGCAGGAAGCAUUGAACAAGUCAACUUCACAGAAGCCAGCCAUUUCAGAUACGUGAAGCACCGAAUCGAUGAACUUGACCAAGAUAAUUUUGUGUGCAAGUACACCAUGAUUGAAGGGGAUGCAUUAGGUGACAAGCUUGACUCGAUUGCUUAUGAGGUCAAGUUUGAGGCAGCCAGUGAUGGGAGCUCAAUCUGCAAGAUGACAAGUAAAUACAACACCAUAGGGGAGUUUGAGGUCAAAGAAGAGGAAAUAAUAUCAGGAAAGAAGAGUGCUAUGGGGAUAUACAAAGUUGUGGAAGCCUACCUCUUGGAGAACCCACAUGUUUAUUCUUGAGUGCUAUGGGGAUAUAUAGUUACAACUAUUUAAUUCUAUAUAUACGUAAACAAUAUAUACUGCUGCAAAUUCAUUGUUUAGGAACCUUGUGAACCCUUCAUCAAGGGUUGCCAUUAUAAUUAAUAAAACAAGAAUAUUGUAAUUUGUAA